AUGAAGCUCCUCAACGCCGUCGCCGUCCUCACCGCCGCCAUCGCCCCCGUGUGGGCCCAGCGGACCGCCAGCGAGAUCGCAGCCGACAAGGUUGGUGCGCUGAACAUGCACAACGUCGCCAGACAGACCGUGACCGGCAGCCGCGGCUCCCGCGCCAACCUCACCUACUCGUCGGUGCUGGACAGCUCGGCGGCCAACUACGCUGUGGAGCUGGCGCGGCUCGACAACGGCCUCGUGCACGCCUCGAACCGCAACGGCCAGGGCGAGAACCUGUACUACACGAGCAACUCGGACCUCAAGACGCCCUUUCAGGCCGCGAGCAAGGCCUGGCUAGACGAGAAGCCGUUCUACGAUUGCCGCAACAUCAACGGCGCGGACCCCAACUUUGGAAAGUUUGGCCACUAUACUCAAGCCAUCUGGCGUACGACCACCGAGUUUGGGAUCGGCGUGGCCAAGGGAAACAAGACCGGCCGACUCUAUGUUGUCGCGAGGUACCUCCAGCAAGGGAACAUCGUUGGCCAGUCGGCUUGCUAG